UUGCUUUCCUGCUCUGUGCUUGCUGGAAUGCAGCCCACUGUACUCAAGACAUAAUAAAUGAGGGGUUCUAUAAUUGACCAAAUGCAUAUUUUUCUGCCAACUAGUUUGUAAGUCAUGUCAUUGCUGUGACUCACUGAAUACGCUGAUUUGUGAGCAGUGAAUUAAAGACAAAUGGCUGAAGCAGUUGUGUGUGCAGCCCCCUUCAGGACAGUGCUGCUUUCACAGCAGGAGUUGGGAACUUCUGUGUGGAGCAGCUGAUGUGCUGCCACAAUUUCCAGUUCCCAGCUGCUGAGCUAGGUUUGACUGGUGUUCAUAACCCUUAGCAAGGACUGGCAGUUCAGGAACUCCUUCCUGCAUGGUUCAGCCACAGCAGCUUCAGGGGACAACUUCCAGGACAAGGGAAUCUUGGCACAGUGACAAAUUCCUCCAUCCAAAUAUGCCUGAAUUUGAGUCACCCCCAGCAGUUCAUGCUGCCUCAAAGGAAGGUGAGGGCUCUGUGUGUUGUGUCCUUCAGAAUUCUGUUCAGUAAGAAUUUCUCUGUGCCUUAUAAACAUGUUGUUACUGUCAGCAUUUAUCUAGAUUUGUAACCAUAAACUUCCAAGAACUUAGGCACCCAAAUGUGUUAAUACAACUAAGUCACUGGAAUUUUCAUGGAAUCACUUUACUGCAUCUAAAUCAGAUGUAUAUCAGAUGUGUAUUUCGUUCCAUUGAACUUUGGGCCUUUGUGAAGCCAUCUCAGAUGCUUAUAAGAUAUUUGCUUGCUGAUUAGUUUAAAUAAAUAAAUAAGUAGUAGGAAGAGAGAGGAAGAAGGGAAAAUGCAAUUCCAGAAAUUUGCCAGCAUCAGAAAAUACCCUUUUUCUUCCCUGUCUCUGUUACAAUAAUGAUAAUUUAGGUUUGAGAUAGUGAAUGUGCUGGCAGAAGUAAUUUAUAAGGAGUCUGAUAUCUCUGACUUGUAUCACAUGAGAGUUCAUCAGUUAGAAUCUCAAAUUCUACCCAGAAUUCAAUAAUUAGCUUAGGCAGACCUUGUAAGCCACAAGUUUAUCUCCUUUCAGUGACAUGGGCUGCUCUGUCACUGUGGUCAUUCCUAAUGUGGUACCAAGGCUUUUCUAAAUAAAGUAAAAACCAGCAAAUAACAAACCUGUAGGAAUUGGUGUUAUCAUUUCUUUCACACACACAUUUGUACAGUUUGUUUGACACUUUUGUUGUCUCUGUGAUUCCAGUGUGUAGCAAGCCAAGCUGUGAUCCCUGCUAACUAUAUAGAAAUGUGCCUUUAUUCAGUACAAUGUAAUGCAGUAUUUUUAUUUAUGAUGCAUUUGUAUUCCUUCCCUUCAAAUAUUUCAUAAACUGUCCUCUUCUUUAACAAGACCCAAGGGCUGAUGCAGGGAUGUUGGUUGCUGCUGUGAGAUGUUGCUUUGUUUCUUCCUGUAAUUCCAUCCUGACCUGGCAAUGCAGGCUCAGAGUUAUCAUUUCAUUUGACCUGUAAAUCAAUCUGUGUAACAUGCAAAGUAACCACGAACGCAAAGGAAAUGAGAACAAAGUCAUUUGAAAAGCAUUUUAUAGGGCACAUUCCAAGGCUGUAUUUAUGUGUGCUUUAUUCCUUCCAUGAGGAAACAGUGAAAUAUGCAGAACUGUAACACAAAUACACAAAGAAACAGGAAAAAGGGAGGAUAGAGUGAGAAUAUUUAUGUAUGUUAAUGAAGAAUGGAGGGAUUUAAGAAGAACCUGAUCUCUUAGCUUUGCAGCAAGGAAUAAGGAUCUGCAUCUUCCUUUCCCUUCUGGCCUGGACUUGGAGCAUGGCAUGGUACUUAGCAGGAUGCAUUGAAUAAAAUAUGACCAUCCUUCUUUGCUAAAGGAACGUAAAUGAUGUACCAAUGAAGCCCUGCCCUUUUCUGGCUCCCAGCCAGGCAGCAGCUACAGAGGAGCAGGAAGAGCCAAAGGCCUGAGCACGCGUGAAUGCUCUGCGUGCCGGGAGCACCUGAUGCCCUUGAGUCACGAAUUGUCCGGCACAGACACCUCACCCUCCUGCCCGCACAGCAAGGCCUGGGAGACACUGACAGCAGGAUUCUACCAAGGCCGGGAUGCCAGAGGGGUCCAGGGAAGAGCUCCCCAGCAGCUCACCCUGUGAGAGCCAGGGGACAGAGCCUGCAGGGCUGCUGGCUCCCAGGAGCAGCAGGACAAUGGUGACAGGAGGUGGAGGCUACCUGGGGUACAAUCUGGGAUGUGCCCUGGUCAGCUCAGGAAUUGCUGUUGUGCUCUUUGAUCUUCGCAAACCCAAAUGGGAAAUUCCACGCGGAGCGGAUUUUUUCAAGGGUGAUGUGAGGGAUUAUGAAGCAGUGUUCAAAGCAUGUGAAGGGGUUGACUGUGUUUUCCAUGUAGCUGCAUGUGGAAUGUCAGGAUUGGAACAACUUCAAAAGAAAGAUCAGAUUGAAUCCAUAAAUGUUGGAGGCACAAAAGUAAUAAUUGAUGUCUGCAAACAAAGAAAUAUCCCCAGACUGAUCUAUACCAGUACAGUGAAUGUGGUGUUUGGAGGGAAGCCUAUUGAAGAAGGAGAUGAAGAAACUGUUCCAUAUUUUCCACUGGAAAAGCAAUUUAAUCAUUAUUCCAGAACCAAGGCAAUUGCAGACCAAAUGGUUCUUGCUGCUAAUGGAACUUUACUCAAAGGAGGGGACAAGCUCCACACGUGUGUGCUGCGCCCGCCGGGCAUCUACGGACCAGAAGAGCAGCGGCACCUGCCUCGAGUAGCCAUAAACAUCCAGCGGAGACUUUUCAACUUCAAGUUUGGGAAUCACAAGGUUCAGAUGAACUGGGUUCACAUUGGAAAUCUAGUGCAAGCUCAUUUACUGGCUGCUGAGGCUCUCACCUCUGAGAAGGGCUAUGUGGCUAGUGGCCAGGCUUACUACAUCCAUGAUGGUGAAAAUGUCAUCUUCUCUGAGUGGAUUGUGCCUUUGUUUGAAAAAUUAGGCUACAGGAAACCUUGGAUACAUAUUCCUGUUCUCCUGGCUCAUAUAGCAGCCACUGUGAUGGAAUAUUUGCACCUGAUACUAAAGCCAGUUUUUAGCUUUACACCUUUCUUAACAAGGAAUGAGGUGUGGAAUGUCACUGUAACUCACACCUUCCGGAUUGACAAGGCACGAAAUCAGCUCGGUUACAAACCAAAGAAAUUCUCAUUCGCUGACUCUGUGGAUCAUUACCUAAAAACAAGACCUACCUGCCAAGAAGAUCACACAUUCCUUAAAAUGGUGUUUGUUUUUGGCAUUUUGUUAAGUUUUGUCAUUCUUUCUUUCUUCUAAAAUCAAAUGACCACUCACCUGUUCCAGAAACCUUCAUUUUGUUUCUGAGUAUUAAUUACCUGGCCAUGGUACAUUCCUCAGCACUCUGGACUUUGUUAUUCAUAUUGCUGUGAUGACACCUCUCUGACCUCAUUAAGAAAGAAAAAAAAACCCAAACAAAAAACAUCUUAAAAAGUGAAAACAUGGGAUGUAUCAGGAAAUGUUCUCCAAGAGCAACACAGUGUUACAGAAAAGGAGGUCACCACAAAUGGGUGCAGGAAUAGCUUUAAUGGACCUUCAUUAAGGGAUGUUUCAUGCUGGGAAGCAUUUUCUAAAAAUGAGAAUUCAGGAGGGUGAGAAGGUGGAAGAAGAGGAACUGUCAGAGGACAACAGUGCUGUAACAAAUCCAGUACUCCAAUGAAGAAAAGUUUGACUAAACAAUUCUUCUGAUGAAGCCACAGCUACAGCUACUGUUAGUUAGCCUGUGGAAUUACAGAGACCUGGGAAACAGUGGAAAAAUAUGGAAAGUAAAUAUUUAUAAAUAAUAGGUGAUUAGAGGAGUGAAAAUCAUAUUUAUGUAAAAUAGUUGUAUUGUUCUAAAGCUUUGUAAAAAUGUAAUAAAUAUCACUAUGUGUGUUUGUAAAUCAAAUAUAUCCUUUCAAUGCAAUAAUAAACAAUAACUGAACCAAA